GGUGAGAGGUCCUGGAGGGGCUCCUGAAAAAUAUGGGGGGCAACAACUAGAAGGUCUCGAAGGUGAUGGGGAGGUCUGGUGGGGGGCAACUGGAAGAUCUGGGUGGAUGACUACGACGUCUAGGGGGGGUGGAAAGUGGGAGGUUUGAUGGGGGCAAAUGCGCAGUGUGGUGGCCCACUGGGCAAUCUGGGGGGCAACUGGGAGAUGCGAAGAUAGAGGGAAAGAGCCCAGCGGGGUAAAGGAAGAAGAGGAGGAGACUUCAGAGAGCGGGGAGAAGGAAGGAGGGGUGGUGGGAUGGAGAAGAAAGGGAGGGGCCCUGGGGAGGGGUGAGAUGGGAGAUGGGUUGGAGGGAUGGAGGGAGGGACGGAGGAGAGAUGAAGGGAGGGAGGAAAGGAUGGAGAGGAGGAGGAAGGGUGGGAUGGAUGGAGGGAUGGAGGUGUGGAGGGAGGGAUGGAUGAAGGGAUGGGUGGAGGGGUGGGAAGAAGGAGGAAGGGAUGGAUGGAUGGAUGGAUGGAGGAAAGGUGGGAUGGAGGAAGGGAUGGCGGGGUGGAGAGAGGGAUCAGUGGAUGGAUGGAAGGAUGGAUGGAUGGAGGGCUGGAUGGAGAGACACCUGCAUUUUCUCGGGAGGAUUCUGUGUUCCCCCUCUUCCCACAGCCCCUCUCCACCACCGCCAUCAUGUCCUCGUGUCCUGCCAACACCUCAUCCCCCCCCAACGCCACCACUGCCCCCGUCCCCGGUGCAGCGCUGGGGCUGACCCUGCUGUCGGUGGCAGUGGUGGUGGGGCUGCCGGGCAAUGCCAUAGUCCUCUGGGGCUGUGCCGUCACCCGCCGGCGCAGCGUCCCCGUCCUCCUCAUCUUCCACUUGGCCUUGGCCGACAUGGUCACCCUCCUCACCGGUCCUGUCUACAUCCGGGCCUUGAGUGCUGGCCAAUGGAACAUGGGCUUGGCCGUCUGCCGUGGGUGCAACUACCUCUGCGCCGCUGCCAUGUACGUCAGCAUCUUCCUCAUUGCUCUUCUGGCUCUCCAUCGGUGCUUGGCGGUCUCCAGGCCAGCGACGACGGUGGUGACGGCAGGUGAUCGUGCCGGACAGUUGGCUCACGGAGCGGCAGUGGUGACUUGGUCGGCGGCUUUGGUGUUGGCCAUCCCAUCCAUCAUCUUCUGGCAGGUGAAGGACGGGCACUGCAAGCGGGUGCACAGCACGAAGGCUUGGUUGGUGGUCCAAAAUCUUCUGGAGACCAUCUUGGGUUGGGCCCUGCCGUUGACCACCAUAGCCACUGGCUACGGGUUACUGGUCUGCCGGUUACACCAGACCCGCUUGGCCCGGCGUGGUCACACCUUCCGCCUGGUGGUCGCCGUGGUGGUGGCCUUCGCUGUCGCGUGGGGACCUUACCACGUGGCCAGCUUGUUGGAAGUGGCAGCAGUCCUCCAAGGGGAUGGGGGGAUCUUGGAAGUGGCUGCCAAAGCCACCCGGCCACCAGCCACUGCCUUGGCCUUCCUCAGCAGCGCCAUGAACCCCCUCCUCUAUGCCUGCGCUGGGCGGAGGCUGCGCCGUGGCGCUGUGGGGUCUCUUCUGCCGCGGCUCCUGGAGAUCUCGGCCAUCGCUGGCAGCUCCCGAGGGACCGUGGCCAAGGGGACCACGCAGGGGGAGAGGGGCUGGAGGGGAAGGGAGCGGGGGGGGACAACAGGGGGGAAGGAGGGGACAAUGUUGGAGGAGCAAGGGGGGCAGGGGGAGGGGGCCCCCUAAAACGAACCCCUCCCGCUGUUCAUGCGUCCUCUUCUCCACCUCUCCAUCCCUCCCACUCCCCGUCCACCUCCAUCCCUCCCUCCCUCUGUCCCUCCAUCCAUCCCUCCAUCCCUCUCUCCAUCCAUCCAUUUCUCCAUCCCCCCCUCUCUCCAUCCCCCCACCAUGUCCCCUUGGUGGCCCCACCCGCUCUGCCACCCCUUGCCGAGGGCUGGAGGAGAAACACGACACCUUGAGACCCCCCCCGGGGUUUCCCCCGGACAGUGAUGUCACCUGUGUCCCUCUGUCCAGGUCAGGACCCCCGUGGGGCACAGGGUGGGGAGGGACAGUGGGGGGCUGGGGGGGCCCAGGGGCCCAGUUCUGGGGAGAUACUGGGGGGGUCUCAGGUGGGGCUGGGGGCAGCAGGAGUGUCCCCAGGGGUGUGACCAGGGGGGCACCUCCCAGGAGGUC